AUGGCCGAGAAAACUUUAGAUGGAAAAGUGGCCUUGGUUACGGGUUCUAGCAGUGGUAUGGGCCGAGAUAUAUCCAUUGCGCUGGCAAAGCAAGGUGCCAGCAUUAUCUGCUGCGAUCUUAAAUCGGAAGCCAAUCCUGCCGGAUUCGAAAAUGAUUUGGACACAACUACUGUCGACCUGAUCAACAAGCGAGGAGGCCAAGCAGUGUUUUUCAAGGUUGAUAUCUCACAAGUAGCGGAGAUUGAGCACGCGUUUGGAGAAGGUAUCGUGAAAUUUGGUCGCCUAGAUAUUGCUGUUAACUGUGCAGGAUACUGGGCACCUUUUCGAAAAUUCGCCGCCGAGGACGAUGAUCUAUGGCAGAAGAUGUCCGCCGUCAAUGUGCUCGGUACGGCAAAGUGUAACCGUUUAGCAAUCCAGCAAUUCUUAAGACAGGAGGUCGACACGGCUUGGGGCAGCCGUGGCAGGAUUAUAAAUAUCUCGUCGUGCGCAGCCAACAUUGCCUUCCCGCAUGAGGUGGCCUAUUCAGCGACCAAGGCGGCCAUCAAUCAUAUGACCCGUGCAGGCGCGUUGGAUCACGCUCAGGAUUGGAUAAACAUCAACUGUGUAGCGCCCGGCGUCGUGGCAACGGGUAUGGCUCGCAAAAACUUCGAGGAUGAUCAAAUCAUCAAACACAUGCAAAAGGCGACACCCUGGCCUCGGCUAGGGACAGUCGGAGACAUCACAGGUAUCGUGGUCUUCUUGUGUGGUAGGCAGUCCGCGUGGCUUACCGGCCAGAUCUAUGCGGUAGAUGGUGGCAUGACACUUGGUGUAACCCCUUGA